GUUGACGCGCUGUGUAAGGCCUGCCUGCUGGUAUAAGAACCGGCGACUGGUACUGACUGCUAUCAGAGUACGAACUCCUUGAACACAACAUGAACUGCAAACUGGUAUUAGUUCUCGUGGCGUUAGUGUCGGCCGCGGCGGCGGUGCCCUUCGGCGCGCCCGUCGGCUCCGGCGGCGGAACUCAGAACGUGGCGGCCGCGCAGUCCACCGCCACCGCCCUCGCCGGCUCCGGCACCGGCGCUGCAGGCGGUCUGGGCGGCAAGGGAGUGCCCGCGGUGCCAGGCGCAGGCGGUCUAGGCGGAGCAGCCCCACCUUUGCCAGGCGCAGGCGGUCUGGGCGGAGCAGCCCCACCUGUGCCAGGUGCAGGCGGUCUGGGCGGAGCAGCCCCACCUCUGCCAGGUGCAGGCGGUCUGGGCGGAGCAGCCCCACCUGUGCCAGGUGCAGGCGGUCUGGGCGGAGCAGCCCCACCUGUGCCAGGUGCAGGCGGUCUGUCCUCACUCCCGGGCAAAGGUGGUCUGCCCUCAGCACCCACCGGAGGUCUUGGAGGACUGGGAGGUUUACCGUGCUGAGCCUAAUACAUUCGCAAUUCGAUAAAUCAGGAUGCCUUGUUCUUUUACCUAUCUAGCUUUUUCUCUUUACGUAUUUUAAAAUGAGCCUAUUUCCGAAAUGCUGAUGCUGCUCGCUGCAACUUGUGACACACUCGACAUUCUACACCACAACCAUGCUUGUAUCGCUGCAGACCUGCGUGUUCCCCAGCCUUACUCGCUGUGCUCACAUCAGUUCCGACUCACUACGGCAUUUCGCAGUUGUGGGAGCGGGACAGCGCUCUGCAUCAGAGUGACCUCUCUCUCACACAACUACUUUAUCCUAAUGUGCAGCUCUUCUCAUAGAAUGUUCGCGAAGUUUUUAACAGAUUUAUAUUCAAGACAGCAUGUUUGUAAAAGACUAUCGGGAAAUAGGUGUCAUGACGUUAUCUUGUUGUUAUUUUUUUAUAUAUUAAGGCAUUAUUGUUUACUUUGAAAAAUAAUAAAGUUUUAUAAAGAAAUA